CUUCUUUUCAUCCCAAACUGAACACUGUAGUGAUACAUACAUUCCUUUGCCCUACCAUGAAACUCCAAAGGCCAUCACUACAACACCCAAAGCCAGCGAACAAAGCCGGUCUAUAUCCAUCACUUUAUUUGUUUUAUUCUGCAGUCUCACGUCUGUUAAUUUUCUCUCGGUCCUAGCUUUCUUCUUGUGGGCUGUCUGCAAGUGUGACAUCGUGCCAGGUCAGACUGACGGCAGCGUUCCGAGCGUGCGUGCACUAGAGCGCGGCGUGGAAGCCCCGUAAUCGAGCACCACGGGAACCAAUUAAACGCGCCAACGGCAGCUGGUUGCUGUCCCAAUCAGGUGGGUUGGUAGGCGACCAUAUGGCAAACACCAAGUCAGCUCAACACUCGACUCGCUUCCGACGCCCAAUUGUGCAGCGCUGGCUUCAGCAGAAUGCGCCCAUUCACACCCCAACAGGGCGACCGCUCCGGGGAUGCGAGACGGCGCAACUCUGUCAACAGCAACUCACAGUUCCGGACGAGCGUCGGCAGCGGCCUUCCGCGCCCGAACACAAACCUCCGAGACUCAAGGUUUGGCGAGAGUCGCGGAAUAUCGACGCAAGCGCCAUACAACAUUUUCACCGGCGAGGCAAAUCCCGCAGCGGGGAGCAUGGUGCGCUCAACUUCACGGCAAGGCAAUCCCUCAGGGCCCUCGCCCCCCCGUGGCCGACCCCGCGCUGCCACCACUGCCAGCAAUUUCAGCCGUGAGAGCAGCAAGGAAAACCUCGCGCCAGCCGAUGCCGAAGAAUACGAGGCGCAGAGGCGUCGCAUUGAGGAGCUAAAGGCAGAAGCCGGCACACUCCGCUACCAAAUUAGUAAUUACGAGCAGGAGAAAGAGCUGGCGCGGUUGCAAACCGAGAACGAACUGCGCGACGCUAAGAGACGCGCCGAAGACGACUUCAAAGCAAAGCAGGCGGCCGAAGCCGAAAAAACAAAAGCCCUCCGGCAACUCGAGGCCUUGCAAGAAGAGCUGGACACUGAACGGGCCGAAAAGGAGUCACAGAAGCGAGCACUCGAGGUAAAGACACGAGACGCUCUGGAGGAGGCGAGACUGCUUCAGGAGCGGCUCGAGGACCUGGGUGCCGCGAAAGACGAGGCCGCGCGCAUCGCAGAGCGCGAGGCCACGGACUUGAAGGCGAGGCUUGCCGCUUCCCAAAGAGCUGCACGCGAGCUGGAGCAGGAGAGUACGACGCGGGAGGAUGUGCUGGAAAAGACACAGGCUCUGCUAGCCGAAAGAGACGAGACAGUCGGCAGGCUAGAGGCCGACGUGCUUCGACUAAAGGCGCAGACUGGCGAUGCAGAGACCAUAGCCGUCAUCCGAAGGGAACUGACGGAACAAGUCGCCCAUAUCCGCAUGCUGGAAGCGAAAAACCGAGACCAGCUGGGAGAGCUCAAGCAUCUACGACAAGUGCACAAGGCCGUUGAAAUAGUUGAAGAGGAGAAGCGAUCCCUUCAACGGCGGCUGGAGGCAAACGAGUCCGUUCAUGCUGAGCUUGCUGAAGAGAGAAGGCAGCGGCAAAGGUUGGAGGACGAGAGGCAGGCCUGGGCGGCGUACUUGCAACGCGAAGCCAGUGCAUCGGACCAAUCGUUCGAGUUUGACUCGCCCGAAGCCGUUGCUAGGGCUUUGGUCUCAGAGCGUCUAAACUCUGCUUCCCUCCUCGACAGACUGGGGGCUAUGCAGCCCGAGAUUACCGAUCGUGACAACAUUAUCCGUUCGUUGGAGAAUGAGCGAGCCGGCCUGCAGAGCCAGAUUGAGAAGCUCAAGACGGCGACCGUGCCCGGGGCUGUCGACAAGGCCCGCGCGCGCUUCGACCGACAACGCGCUCUUGCCCUGAAGGAAGUCGAAUACCUACGGGCCCAGCUCAGUACUUUCGACAUGGAGGACAUUACCUUACAGCCAGAACGCGUGGACCAAGAACAAGCCAAACGCGUCAAGGACCUCGAGGAUCUGGUAGAGAAAUACAAGCAAGAGGUAGAGGUGCUGCACGCAGACCUCUCAGCGCUCGAGUCUGCGUCCGCAACCGAACAGCCCCGGUCUUCAGCCUUGCUCGGAACAAAACGGAGUCACGAAGAAAGCAGCGGCCGCGAUCUGGAAGCCGAGUCGGAGCAGCUGGGCCAGCUGUCGCGGAAAAACAGAAAGUUGCAGUCCGAAUUCACAGAGCUGCAGAAUGCGCACUUCCUGCUGCAAAAGGAGCAGAAAGUAACCGCCGAACAGCUCGCAGCCGCCAAGGAGCAGCUGAAGACGCGCGUGCUGUCGCUGCGGUCGAACCCAACGUCGGACCUCGAGGCCGUCAAGACGGCGACGCUGCGGGCGCUCAAGCGCGAGAACGCCGAGCUACUGGCGCAGAUGGAAGGGCAGCCGACGCUGUUUGCGACGGUGCCGACGUCGCAGCUGGCGGCGGUGCGGCGCGAGAUCGCCGAGGCGCAGGCGGAGACGGCGUCGGCGCAGAAGGCGGCCGCGCGCCUUAAGCAGGUCUGGUCGGACAAGUCGGCCGAGUUCAAGGAGGCCGUCUUCAGCACCCUCGGCUGGACCGUCUCCUUCAUCCCCGGCGGCAAGAUGCGCGUCGAGAGCGUGUAUUAUCCCUCCCAGACCGACGAGCACGAGAACAGCAUCGUCUUCGACGGCGAGAAGGGCACUAUGAAGGUCGGCGGCGGCCCCCGCAGCGCCUUCGCCAACCGUAUCGGUGACAACAUCAAGUUCUGGGUCCGCGAGCGCGGCUGCGUCCCCUGCUUCCUCGCCGCCCUGACCCUCGAGUUUUACGACGAGCACACCAGAGCCGUGAGGUCAUCCUGAUUUUUUUGUCGGAAGGGGUUUUUUUAGGCGCCGCCGGAGGAGGCAGGUAGAGUUUGUAAAGGGAUAUAGUUUAAAAUGUUCUGUAGAAAAAAAUAACGGGCAACUUCCUUUGGGGUCUCUAUUUACGCUUUGCUAGUUUUGGGGAGUUAUGGGCUGGGUGGAGGGUCGUAAUCUCACAAAACCAAGAGUCGCAUCUUCCGUGCAUAAUCAACAUCGUCCCUUUAUCUCGACACAUUUUCUGUUACUCUCGGACUGGCGGGGCAUGGAGGACCAAUCAUGGGCAGGCUAUGUUUGUGCGGAGCGUACUCAGCACAUAGCCCAUCAUUCGUCAUUAAUUGAUACGGAACAGACGAGUUGAGAGCUACAGCUACAGUACAAUACAGUAAGUAAAGAACAUCUUUACUACGACUAACUAGGUAGUUAGGACUAUGAUUUGACAGUGUUGAUAUGCCGAGAACAAUAUAUUCCCAUUAUUAUUAUCCU